AUGGACCCACACGGCUUCAAACUAAGGGCACAUGCAGAAGGUAGAACCCCAGGGAGCGAGACAGGUGUGAAAUCUGCAGAAUCACCACCACAAAUCUUCUUUGGCCCUGACUAUUCCAGAGAUCAAAGACCCCCACCACAAGAAUGCAAGGAGCUUGUUGGUGAUGCUCAAGACAAUAUCCUCGAGAAAGAGAGAAUACCCACAUGUGUCCUUGUCCGGACGCUAAUGCCAUUAUGGCUUGCCAGCCAUUGGGCUUAG